UUCCUGGGAGAGGCAGCACACCGCGGGCUGCUGCGCGUGCGAGGGCGGUGCGUUACCGGGCGACCGGGAGCCGUUGCGUGCGGGAUGGCGGAGUGCCCGCGGAACGCCAUCGUCUUCAACGCUUCCAAAGGGGAAGCCUUCAGUCCCGCCAGCGGCUACAAAGCCUGGCGUAAGAGGCUCCGAGGGCACUGGGAGAUCCUGAGCUUAAAAGAUGAGAUCACGUCUGAGAAUCUCCUCGGAGUGAAAGUGUGGAUAACAGCUGGUCCAAGAGAAAAGUUCAACGCUGCUGAGUUUUCGGUUCUGAAGAAAUUCGUGGAGGAUGGUGGAGCCAUCCUGGUGAUGCUCAGUGAAGGUGGCGAGUCCAGAUCUGGCACAAACAUUAACGUUCUGUUAGAAGAAUACGGGAUCGCUUUCAAUAACGAUGCUGUUGUACGAAAUGUGUAUUACAAGUACUUCCAUCCAAAAGAAGCACUGAUCUCUGAUGGAGUUUUGAAUAGGGGAAUCAGUGAAGCUGCAGGAAAAACAGGGCUUGAGACAGCAGGUGAAGAUGGGAGCGGGCAUGGCUCACAAGCUCUCACUUUUGUGUAUCCGUUUGGUGCCACACUAAAUGUGAUGAAACCAGCAGUGGCUGUUCUGUCAACAGGAUCCAUCUGCUUCCCCCUGAGGAGACCUAUUCUUGCGUUCUAUCAGCACCAGCUUGCAGAAACUGUAGAAAAAAAGGUAGAAUAUGAAGCCAGAGACAGAGCUGCUUUCUCAGGCAGAGCAGAGCAAUGUGCCAGAAGGAAAACAGGAUCUAUGGAAGCAAAGAGGAGAUGCGGUAAAGAGCAGCAACCAAAAUUGAAGGAGUGGAAAAGCCAAGGUGGAAAGGUGGCAGCACUGGGAUCUUGCCACAUGUUCAGCGAUCAAUACUUAGAUAAAGAAGAAAAUGGUAAGAUCCUGGAUGUGCUUUUGCAGUGGCUCACAACAUCAGAUGUUCGUUUAAACCAGAGGGACAUGGAAGACCCUGAGAUUUCAGACUAUACCUUGCUCCCAAAUAUAGCUGCACUGUCUGAGCAACUGCGGGUCUGCCUGCAAGGAGGAGAUGAGAGCCCAAGAGACUUCACACAGCUGUUUGAUACGUCCCUGUAUGAGCUGGACACAACCGCCCUCCCUGCAGUUCUCAAAGCUUAUGAAGAGUUGAAUGUGAAGCAUGAACCUCUCCGACUCAUUGAGCCUCAAUUUGAGACUCCACUGCCUCCCUUGCAGCCAGCUGUUUUUCCACCUGUUUUCAGAGAAUUGCCUCCUCCUCCUCUGGAGCUGUUUGACUUGGAUGAAAUAUUUUCCUCUGAGAAAGCUCGUCUUGCAGAGAUUACAAACAAAUGUACUGAUGAUGACCUGGAGUUUUAUAUACGGAAGUGUGGCGAUAUCCUAGGAGUAACAAGUAAGCUCCCAAAGGAGAAGCAGGAUGCCAAACAUAUUCUGGAGUACGUCUUCUUCCAAGUGGUUGAAUUUAAGAAACGGAAUCAGCAACGUGAUACGGACGCAAGUGAAGCCCAGAAUGGUGACUGAGACCUGGCUUUCCCCGGAUGGAGAGGAUCUGUUAAAAAUAUACUUAGCAAUUUUCUUCAACCUCUGCGUUCAGUACAUUGAUUGAGACUGUCUGAGUAUUUCACUGAAUGGACGGAUCGGUUACAUGGAGUAGUUGGGAUAACUGAUGCCUUUUGAGGAAAUGUUUGUAUUUUCCAGGUUAUUUCCUGUUUUUCUGUUUCUUUAUUGAAACUGCAAUUUUGUUAUAUUUAUAUAUAUAAAUAUAUAUAUAUUUAUAUAAAUCUUAUGCUAAGAAAAUCUAAGUUUGGUCAUUUCUUGCUCUGGUAUUUAUUUUCUUCUACUCAGUUUUACUGUGGGCCCUUUUGGCAUACAUGUAGUCCUUAACUGCACUGUGAGAAAGAUCAUUACUCUGGUUGGUGAACUGGAAAAAGGAAAUACAGCAGUAAGUAUAGGAGAUGCUGAAAAUAUAUUACUGUAGCCCCCCAAGGCAGUCUCCUUUUGGAUCUCUGCAAGAAUGAACCAAGGCGAGGUAGGUUUGUAACUGUAGGAGCAGAAGGUUUCUUUCCAGGGAGGGGAAGAGUUGAAAUCAGACAGUGAUGAUGCUACAGACUGCUGCCUUGUUCCAGGUUGGAAGGACAUGGCGAAUGGUGUUGGGAUUAAGAAGUUAAGAUUUAAUGGAUGUCUAUUAGGAAAGGCUGAUACUGUGCAGGAAACUCGGGGAGGCAUUAAACCAGGUAUUGCACAGGAAUGGAAACUCGCAUGGAAUUCAUCAUCCAUGAGAUAUUGAAGCUCAGCGCAUGGUGACAAUAUAGCCAAGGGUAUAAGCAGUGAGAGGAACAGAUCUGUCGCUAUCAUUAGCACUGUGUGUCAGUGUUGCUGGAGAUUUUUAACAGCUCUCUGAGGUUGUCCUUUGAU